CAAUUAAUGGCUUUAACCUCUAGCUUGUUUCACUUGUGCAUCUUUGUUUUGGUAGCACAUUUUGCCACUCCAAUUGUGUGCCAUGAAAGACCUCAUCAAGCUGCCCUUUUCGUGUUUGGCGAUUCAAUUUUUGAUCCUGGAAAUAAUAAUUACAUCAACACCACUGCUAGCUUCCAAGCAAAUUAUUUACCGUAUGGGGAAUCAUUCUUCAAGUACCCUACUGGCAGGACUUCCAAUGGGCGCCUCAUUCCUGAUUUUAUUGCUGAAUAUGCUAAUUUGCCAUUGAUUCCGCCGUAUUUUCAAACUGGGAAGAAACAUUUCAAUCAUGGGGUGAAUUUUGCUUCAGCCGGUUCUGGUUGUUUGGCUGAAACCGCUCGUGGCUUUGUUAUAGAUCUUCAAACACAGUUGAAAUAUUUCCAAAACGUGGCGCAACUGUUGAAGAAGAAAGUGGGGAAAACAGAGACCAAACAGAUCCUCUCCAAUGCUGUAUAUAUUUUUAGCACUGGCAGUAAUGAAGUAUUGGCCCCUUUAUCAGCAAAUUCGACUUUUCCAUAUUCUGAUACAGAAUAUCUACAGAUGAUUAUGGGCAAUUUGACUACUGUUUUUAAGGGAGUCUACAAGGCCGGAGGGAGAAAGUUUGUGAUGCUUAAUUUGGGUCCAUUAGGUUGUGUCCCUUCUGUUAGGGCUCUCAACCUUCAAAAAGGAGUUACAAAUGGAAGUUGCAUGGAGGAGGUCACAAACAUCGCGAAGAUGUUUAAUUCAGCUCUCCCAAAAAUGCUCAAACACCUAGAGAAGCAAUUGCCUGGAUUUAAGUACACAAUAUUCAACACCUUCAAAGUAUUAGCAGAAAGCAUUGAUAAUCCAACAAAAUUUGGUUUUAAGAUAUCAGAGGCGGCUUGUUGUGGGACUGGUCCAUUUCGAGGGAUUUUUAGUUGCGGAGGGAAGAGGCAGGUAAAAGAGUACGAGUUAUGUAAAAAUGUGAAAGAUUACUUGUUUUUCGACUCUGUUCAUCCCACUGAGCUGGCCUACCAACAAUUCACCGAAUUACUGUGGAAUGGAACUCCAGCAGUUGUAGCCCCUCACAACCUAAAAUCUUUUUUUGAUCUUUCAACAUAACCUGAUGGUAGCAUUGGUGGAAUUGUUUUGUUAAUGCCUACUAAAGGAAAGAAUAAACAAUGUGAAACAUGAUGUUAAAGCGCUUGAUCUCUAGUAAUUUUUCUGUUCUUGUGUUCAACUUAUGAAGAGUCAAACUUUAGAUUUGAUGAGAUGACUUCAUGCCUCAGUCCUCAUGAUUGAUCAAAGUAGAGAAAUUAGUUGGAAUCAGGCAAUCUACAUUUUCAGUUGUUAUGCAUUUGGAUAAGGAUUUGAGUUUGAAUGUAUGUUUCGUUAGGGAAUCAUAGUGAGAUCAAUAAAAUUUCCACUUUGUUGUGCUCGAGCUGAGGGUCCUCCAGAAACAGCCUCCUUACCUCUACGAGGUAGGGGUAAGGUCGGUGUACACUCUACCCUUCCCAGAGCCCACUUGUGGGAUUUCAUUAGGUAUGUUAUUAUUGUUGUUGUCUGUUAGCGACCCUUCUUUCUGUGUUGUAAUCCAUUGCACCAUUA